ACUUAUUUGUCGUAUGAGUAUGCGUUGCCCAGGACGCGCCACAUACGACCCUCACCACACAGGUCCCUCCAUAUACUGCGUUUCGCCUUUGAAGAAUGGCGAUGCCUUCUGAUUACUGCUCUCAUUCUUCUCUGCGUACUCUCCAUCAGCUGGUGUUUUAACCUGAUACGGUUCUACAAACACGACGGCACCUGCCAACCCGUUCAUUACUCCCUUGCUGCUAUGAUGCUUCUUCUUCUCUACUUAAUCUACCUAUUUGAGUGCUUCAACUGCAGAACGCGGCUUGACCUCUCCUCAGCCACAGAUGUCACGCAAAUUAUGCCUCUAAUUGAGGCUGCUGUGAAACAGGACCCAAAACUUUGGUGGCUCUGUUUUGCCUACCACUAUGUGCGACAAAGACGGAGGCGAUCUGCUGUAUACAACGCCGAGCCUCAUGAUCGUGUCAUUACCUCAGCAAAGCAGCAUUUUAUCAAUGAAUCAGCAGCUUUAAAGUGUGUGUGGAGAGAUAAAUCGCCACAAAUUGAGUGGACUCGUGUGACUGCUGUGAGGGUGACUUUUGUGAAGGAAUUUAUUUUUGCUGACGAGGCAACGAGAGACCAAUAUGAGAUCCACAAGAGCAACUUUAUGAAAAUUCAGGAGUUUAGUGACGACUUCAUGGAAAUUAAAGACGGUAAGUCAGCUUAUAUUAAUAUAAAUUUGCAAAGCAAAAGUUGCGUUUUUAAAUGUUUUAUAAUUAUCAUAUUUUUAAUAGGGAAGGUCAACUUUGAUUACGUUUAA